CUCAAGGGAGAACUAGUCCACAGAAAACCUACUAGACUUUCAACGAGGCUGUUGGUAAGUUUGAAAAUAUUGCCACUAGAUAAUUCAAUUCAACAAUGCUUACACAUGUCGAGCAAAUUAAUUUUUGGAAAAAGAGAUGGCCAAACUUGGAGGUUCACUACUGGUUCCUUGUGUUCAAGAGUUAGCCAAGAAGCCUAUGGAAACUGUCCCUCCCCGAUACAUACGUCCAGAACAAGAAUUGCCCAUCAUUUCUGAUGCUGGUGUGAUCUCAGAGAUCCCAGUUAUUAACAUGCAGAAGUUGUUUACUGAAGAAUUAGAGGGUUCUGAACUAGUCAAGCUCCACUUUGCUUGCAAAGAAUGGGGUUUCUUCCAGUUGGUAGAUCAUGGAGUAAGCUCAGCAUUUCUAGAGAUAGUAAAGAAACAGAUUCAGGAAUUUUUCAAUCUCAAAAUGGAAGAGAAGAAAAAAUAUUGGCAGUAUCCAGGAGAAGUAGAAGGAUUUGGACAAGCCUUUGUUGUAUCUGAGGAACAAAAGCUUGAUUGGGGUGAUAUGUUCUACAUGACAACCCAACCAGUCCAUCUAAGGAAACCCCACUUAUUUCCUAACCUCCCUCUCCCUCUCAAAGAAACCUUGGAAGUUUACUCACUAGAACUGAGAACUCUUGCCAUAUCUCUGUUAUUGAAAGUGGCAAAAGUUUUAAACAUCAAAGCUGAUGAAAUGAGAGACUUCUUUGAAAACGGAAAGCAAUCAAUGAGGAUGAACUAUUACCCUCCAUGUCCACAGCCAGAGAAGGUUAUGGGCCUCACUCCUCACUCUGAUGCCACAGGCUUGACAAUUCUUCUACAGAUCAAUGAAGUUGAAGGUCUCCAGAUAAAGAAAAAUGGCAAGUGGGUUCCUGUUUCACCCCUCCCAAAUGCCUUUAUUGUCAACAUUGGAGACAUGUUGGAGAUGAUAACCAAUGGAGCAUACAGAAGCAUUGAGCAUCGUGCAACGGUAAACUCUGUGCAAGAGAGACUGUCCAUUGCAACGUUUUACAGCCCGAGAUAUGAUGGUGAAGUAGGCCCUGCAUUCAGUUUGAUCACUGAACAAACACCUGCAUCGUUUAGAAGAGUGACAAUUGAAGAGUACUUCAAAGGCCUAUUUGCUCGUGAGCUUCACGAAAAAUCUUACCUGGAUUCCAUGAGAAUAAAGCAUGGUCGUCAGGGAUAGGAUUAAUUGAUUUGGGGGUGUGAAAGUGCAAGAUUUUGUAUGAAGCUUUGAUGGAAGAAUGCACAGAAAAUUAUUCCACUGAGAAAAUGAAAAAUAAAAAUUUUAUUUCAACAGUCAUAAGAUCAGUAGUAUCAUGAACAAAGUCUUAUAUGGACUUGGUUUUCAGAGAAAUAUGUUCUAAUUAGCACAAGGAUUAGGCAAAAGCCAGAUGAAUACAAUCUUGGUUAAGACCAAAUUCUUUCGCAAUUUUAUAUAAAAUGGUUAAGGCAAAAGAUCUACUAAAAAUUGUCGUUCACUAUCUUUUGUAGGGCUCUGAGAGCUACAUUCAUACGCAUUGUCCUACUCACUUUCUAUGGUGGGACUCGAAUUUGUCUCUUACCCACUUUCUAUGG